AUGCCUCUCCCCGUUGAGCUCGAUAAGCCAUCUACGGCGCCCAUUGACGCCGACCCGUCCGACGAAGAACUUCAGCUGCAUGAGACCGAGUCAGAUGCCCGCAAGGCCGCUCUGUUGCGCGAUGCCCACGGGCGUGUAGCUUAUCCCGGCCUGGUGCCCCCGGGUAUCGACUCGCCUACCUCGCCCACAUCGCCGAGGGUCCCCAGGUCGGCUAGUGAGGCCGAUCAUGCCACAAAGACACCAGAUCCAACCCAAGGUCCGACCAAGACACGCUCGGAACCGCUCGAGGCCGUCGCGGGCCGGCGAGAAUCCCAGACGGACCGCCCCUCCGUCGAAGGGACAAGGAAGUUCGUCUCCGAGGCCCCGCGCCGGGUCGCCCGCGGCACAUCCACGUUUCCUCUCGUGAAGCGCGCCGGUACGAAUGUAUCCGAGUUGAACCGGUCAAUAUGGAAGCAGGCCGAGCAGGAUCACGACGACUUGUCCACUUCGGAAUCGGAAGACGAAGCUGAGGAUGAAACGGCAGAACGAGUGGCCUCGGGGGCCAGUGGGACGCGACCCAAGCGCGCCGACAGUGCUGAUCAGUAUGGGCGCUUCAGUGUGGCCAAUGACAAGUACAGUACCAGAGGCAAGGUGUCCAAGAGAGACGGACGACUUAAUAUCACUGUCAACGACACGAGCAACACCGGGUAUCUGGCCAAGGCCUUGGGCUCGGCUGUCAAGAAGGUCGUGCCUACGACGGCCGAAAAGGCCCAAGAUGGAGUGGGAACCCAGCGGCCUACGCCCUCGCGGCUCUCUUCGGCUACUACUGCUACGUCGGAGAAGGCGAGACGCCCAAGGCUGAACAUCGUGAUUAUGGUCAUUGGUUCACGAGGGGACGCGCAACCUUUCCUCAAAAUCGGCAAGGUCCUGAAGGAAGACUAUGGCCAUCGCGUGCGAAUUGCCACCCAUCCUGCCUUUCGGGAGUUUGUUGAAAAGGAUUCUGGUCUUGAAUUCUUCUCAGUCGGUGGCGAUCCCUCCGAGUUGAUGGCCUUCAUGGUCAAGAAUCCUGGAAUGAUACCCAAACUAGAGACGGUCAAAGCGGGCGAUAUUGGUCGCCGGCGAGCCGCCAUGGCCGAGAUGUUCGACGGGUUUUGGCGCGCUUGCAUCAAUGCCACUGAUAACGAAAAAGAUGUCCAGAACGUCAAAAUGAUGGGUGACAAGGCCCCUUUUGUGGCAGAUGCCAUCAUUGCCAACCCGCCCAGUUUCGCCCACAUGCACUGUGCUGAGGCACUUGGCAUUCCCCUACACCUUAUGUUCACCUUCCCUUACACCCCGACCCAGGCCUUCCCUCACCCACUAGCCAGUAUCAAGAAAUCAAACGUGGAUCCGGGCUACACGAACUUCAUGUCUUAUCCUCUGGUGGAGAUGAUGGUGUGGCAAGGACUGGGCGACCUCGUUAAUGAUUUCCGGAUUAAGACGUUGGGCUUAGACCCCGUCUCUACAUUAUGGGCUCCCGGCUCGACCUACCGGCUUCACGUACCUUUCACUUACCUCUGGAGUCCGGGAAUUGUUCCGAAACCCGAGGAUUGGGGUGAGGAGAUCGAUAUCUCCGGCUUCGUCUUUCUAGACUUGGCUUCGACUUUCGAGCCGCCUCAGGACCUGGUCGAGUUUCUUGACGGAGGCGACCCCCCAAUUUACAUCGGCUUUGGCUCAAUUGUAGUGGAUGACGCCGACAAGUUCACUGAAAUGAUUUUCGAGGGCGUCAAACAAGCUGGCGUGCGAGCCUUGGUCUCAAAGGGCUGGGGAGGUCUCGGGGGAGAGAAUGUCCCCGACAACAUUUACAUGUUGGAGAACACGCCACAUGAUUGGCUCUUCCCAAAGGUCAAAGCUUGUGUUAUCCACGGUGGUGCUGGUACUACAGCAAUCGCCCUCAAAUGUGGUCUACCGACCAUGAUUGUCCCCUUCUUUGGCGACCAACAUUUCUGGGGCACUAUGGUUUCGAACGCAGGUGCGGGAUCGCCAGCCAUCCCGUACAAGAAGCUCGACGCCGAAAAACUCGCCGAAGGAAUCAAGUAUUGCCUUAGUGACGAAGCGAUAGAAGCUGCGCAGAAAAUUGCCAAGGACAUUGAGCUUGAGGGAGACGGGGCAAAGAAUGCUGUCCGAUCCUUCCACCAACACCUCUCACUGGACGGUGAGGGCUCAAUGCGUUGCUCCAUUUUGACUGACCGUGUCGCUGUCUGGAGGGUCAAAGAUACCAGCCUGAAGCUCUGCGCCAUAGCUGCUGAUAUCCUGGUGGAAAAGGGGUAUCUUUCGUGGCGGAGGCUGCGUCCGAUAAGGCACAAGGAGUGGAAUGACUUCGAGGGUCCUGGUGAGCCCAUCACUGGACUCGCUGGUACAGUAAUGGGUUCAGUCGGUGAAUUCUUCACCGGGUUUGGAAGCGUGCCCUACCGCCUGGCCAAGACGUCCAAGAAGCGUGAUGCGCGUAGAGAGAAGAAAAAGGCGAAACGAGCACAUAGGCUGCAAGAAAAGAAGAAGGCUCAGGAGCCGAAGCCAUUGGCAACACAUGGGGCCAAUGGGUUCCCUUUCCCAAACACGGACACUGAGGCGACCGACCAAGACCCAGGCCCCGACAAUAGGCGACCGACUGUAGCCACCCAACAAACGCAAAACUCCAUCUUGACUGCCACGACCCCUGGCACAGGCAACGCGGCGGAAGAAUAUGGCAAUGAAGUCUCCGAGGGGUUUGGGCAGUCCGGCCGUGCUAUUGCACAUGCUCCCGUGGACCUGUCGAUGGCUAUCGCUCAGGGCUUCCAUAACGCACCACGGCUCUACGGCGAUGAUACAGUGCGCCGGCCUGUCCGUGUGACCGGCAUCAAGUCUGGCCUUCGUGCCGCCGGUUCCGAGUUUGUCUUUGGCAUUUACGACGGAGUCACUGGUCUGGUGCGACUUCCAAUCAAGGGAGCCAAAGAAAGCGGCGUUCCUGGCGCUUUUGCUGGCGUCGGCAUGGGCCUUGGCGGCUUCGUACUCAAGGACAUUUCUGCCUUUAUCUCACCGUUCGGGUAUACACUCAAGGGCGUGGCGAAACAGAUCGAGCGGCACAAUUCACCCACAAAAUUCAUCCGUCGCGCACGCAUCAUCCAGGCCCAGCGGGAAAUGAAAGAUCUUCCAGAAGAGGAAAGGAAGCAGCUCUGCGAGGAGACGUACCACGGCUGGGACGUCAUGCGCCAGCUUUCCGAGGUCAUUAUGCGUGAGAACGGGAAGAAGGGCUUCGUGCGCUACUUUGAGAAAGGCGGCGGCAGAAACGGCAAGAAGGGUAAGCACCUCGGCAAAUGGGGCCGGGGCCGGGCCUUCGAGAGUGUCGACAUUGCCGGCAAGGCGAUUGCGGCCAUCAACAAGGGUGAGAACGUCAACGUUGUGCUCGGCAAGAGCCGGAAGAGCACGGACGCCCGCAAGAGCGUAGAUGCGCGGGCGAGGGAGAAGAACCCCUCCGCUGAGGACACGGCCGCGGCCAAAGAGAUAGACGACAAGGCCAAGAAGAGGGCCGCCAAGGAUGUCGAAGAGGACGUUAGACAGAAUGACAUCCCGCCUAGGAAGCAGGAAGACCCCCCGCUGCUCGCUCAAAGCCCGGACACGUAG